CAACACAUCUUUAGCGUGUGACGUACACUUACAAAAACAUGUCUGCUUGUGUUUCUUAACAAAAUUUUGGAAAUUGAAAAUUUUGUUUAUAAUGGAAUUGUCCGCUAUUUUACCUGCACCGUCCCAGCCCGUAUUUGAUAGGGAUGACGAACUUCGCCUUAAGAGCAUAAGUAAACCGUCGAGCGCUUUAGUAAUCGCACAAACAAUUGCGCCUCCUUAUGGCCAGAGAAGAGGUUGGGUUCCACGAAAAGCGUCGGAUUUUGGAGAUGGAGGAGCAUUUCCGGAAAUUCACGUCGUACAAUACCCUCUCGAAAUGGGCCAAAAAGGUAAAGAGUCGAUUUCGAAUGCGUUAGCGGUCCAGCUUGACGCAGAGGGUAAAGUGAAGUACGAUGUUAUUGCCAGACAGGGACAUUCGAAGGACAAAGUUAUAUACUCUAAACUCACGGAUCUUCUACCGGCAGAAGUUGUCGCAGAAAGCGAUCCCAGCCUUCAAAAACCUUCUGCCGAGGAAAUCGACGAAGUAACAGAAAAAACCAGGCAAGCUUUACAGAAAUUAACGAAUUCGAAAAUUGCAGCCGCAAUGCCAGUUCGGUGCGCAGAAAAGUUAGGUCCCGCCGAAUAUAUACGUUACACCCCGUCACAGCAAGGAGCUGGCUUUAACUCUGGUGCGAAGCAGCGUGUUAUUCGCUUGGUAGAAGCACAAGUGGAUCCAAUGGAGCCGCCUCGUUUUCGCAUUAACAAGAAGAUUCCUCGUGGACCACCCUCUCCUCCGGCUCCGGUUUUGCAUAGUCCAACAAGACGUGUAACUGUCAAAGAACAAAAGGAGUGGAAAAUUCCCCCGUGCAUUUCAAAUUGGAAAAAUGCCAAAGGUUACACGGUUCCUUUAGACAAAAGACUCGCUGCUGAUGGAAGAGGCUUACAGCAGCUGCACAUCAAUGAAAACUUUGCCAAACUUGCCGAAGCAUUAUAUAUUGCAGAUCGUAAAGCCAGAGAGGCCGUAGAGACACGUGCCCAACUUGAACGUAAAUUAGCACAGAAAGAAAAGGAACAAAAGGAGGAGCACUUAAGACAGUUGGCCCAAAAAGCUCGCGACGAACGUGCAGGAAUUAAGAGCGGUGCACCAAUUGGUGACACUAAUAUUUCCAACGAUGAAGAGCGUGAACGAGAAAUACUUCGAAUUGACAGACACAAAGAACGGGCACGUGAACGAAAUUUAGCACGUGCAGCACCAGAUAAACGAACAAGAUUGCAGAAGGAGCGAGAACGUGACAUAUCAGAACAAAUUGCUUUAGGCAUGCCGGCCCGUGGUCCCUCUUCUAAUGAAACGCAGUUCGAUCAACGACUAUUUGGACAAGCUCAAGGUUUGGGGCACGGCUACGGGGAUGAUGACGCUUAUAAUGUGUACGAUAAACCAUGGAGGGAAGGGGGUUCAAUGGCAAAUCACUUAUAUCGCCCAAGCCGGAAUGUCGAUAAGGACGUUUACGGAGAAGAUCUCGAGAAGCUGGUGAAGACUAAUAGAUUUGUGCCAGAUAAGGAGUUUAGUGGUACAGAUAGGAGUGGAGCAGGUCGAUCGGGUCCCGUACAGUUUGAGAAGGAAGAGGAUCCUUUUGGUCUCGAUCAAUUUUUGAGUCAAGCGAAACGUGCCAGCAAAAGGAAGGAGCCUGAGCGUCGUGAUGACAGAGAUAAACGGAAAAGAAGGGAUUAGGUAAAUAGUGUUUUUGUCAAUUUCAUUGAAAUCUACCUAUAUUUUAAGAGUUAAUGUAGAAUGUAAAAUUUUUAAUUAAACUAUUUAAAAAGG